UGUACAUGCUCACUAGACCAGUUCAAUACAGCUGUGGGCAAGAUGUACUUUUUCCUUUUCUUUCUUCUUUGUUCAUCACCUGCUUUUUGUUUAGAAAUGGAUUCAGAGUGCCCCUCUGUGCUUGUCUAUGAUGAGGAAGGGACUGAACUCUAUGAGUCAAACCUCCUCACACACCCACAGCUGGUUGUGAAGGUCGGCUUGUCCGUAGUGCAUGGUUUGUCAGAGAAUUCAGUGCGAGCUUACCCUUCUCUGGGGCUUUCUCCACAAGUGCAGUUAUGCAGCUCUGGUAGCUUUAACAGCACCAGGGAUCUCAACGUUGCAUGGAGACAGAAUGAAAAUAUGUGGACUGUCUCCGUGGACACAACAGCCUGUGCAUUUGAGUGCUGUGUCAGCAUUACCCUGCAGAGUUUGGACAGCGGUUGUGGAACAUUGGAGUGGGUAGGGUACUUCCUCGAAGUCAGUCAAGCUCCACUGCUCCAAUGGCUAUCACAGCUCCACCAGAAUCACAGCCUCACACUAAGCACAUCUAUGUCCCCCGACACUCUCAUUCGCCAUCUCCAGUGCUCCCUUCAAGUGGCUGUAGUGAUCGCAGAUAACGAGCUGAGUUAUACCACUAUAUAUUUCAACCACGCUAUUGAUGUCUCCUACAGUAUCUGCUCUCUAGCUGGGCUGUCUACUAUCGAGUGUGCAAACUUGCUGGUGAUAGAUGUGGCUCUAACUCACUAUGCCCUGAUGUUGCUGACCUCAGCAGGACUGUACGUGUCUGACACUGUUUCAGGACAAUUGAUUCAGCAAGAGGUACCAUUUAUUAUGCAGGGAGCAUCUUUUAUGGAGCAGAACUCUCUCUUUUGCCAAGAUCUCAUCCUCAGCAAUGAAAUCCUUCAAGUGAUUUCUUCGUCUGCGGACUCUGUACUUGUGUACUCCGCCCUCCCUCCCUACACCAACUGGACUGCACAGAGCACCCUCUGCAGUGGAGGAUGCACUCAAUUGUUUGCCGCCUACGAUUCUCAGAUAAGUCGCUUCAUCACGGCCACAAUUGGAAACGAUUCUAUGGUUCGUAUAUCUGAGGAUGAAGUACUGGGAAAUGUCAGUGUUUCUCACAUGUUCUACCACCCCACCUCUGCGUCUGUCUAUCUGUUGGGCAGUCAGGUGUGGAUAUCGGUGGACGAUGGUGCUACGUUCACCUCUCUAUUGGAGCUAUCAUCGCCAGUGAUAAGUUACUCACACAACGAUCAAGCCUUGCUACUCCUCACUGCCUCGGGGCAGAUGUAUCUCUCCCGGCCUGGAACACUGCUCCCAACCUUACUAGAACCCUUAAGCAACAACAACCUGACUAUACACAACCUGACUAGGAUUUCACUGGGAAGAUCAAAUUAUUUCUGGAGGAUUGAUUUGAUAAAUAAAACAAGUGAGCCGAUAAAGAUCGAAGCUGAGGUGGUGGGACCCUGCACUCUCGAGUAUGAUAAUGUCAACGCUAGAUUAUUGCACCUCCAUGACGAAUCGUUAAAUUGUAACGCGGCAGAUUUGGUUGGAUACCGUGCUGAUGAGGAAAGCAUAGGAAGAGGUCUUGUCUCAGGCUCUUUCGGCGAAGAUAUUCUGAUUGCCAUGAGAAACCCAGUCAACGUUGGUGGUGUUGAUGGAGAGUGGAUGUUUGAGCAAGAGCAAUGUUGGACCUACCUAUCCACUGUAGCCGGUUUUAAUACAGCCACACAUGAGCUGGAUGUAUGGGACACAGUCGAGCUGCAAGUAGUGGCUUCAACAUCUGAGAGUCAGCGACUACCCCGUCACUUCCUAGACAUCACUGUGACUCUGGGUCACCCGGAGCUGUUUGAUGUCAUGACAAUGUCUUUGUACACCCCCACCACUCACACACUCACCGUCCUACUCUGGCAGAAAUAUACGACCCAUUUUCCCGUGCAUUCCUCGGUUAGAAUUUCGCUUGUCCAUUGCUCCAGUUUGUGUGAGGAUUGUGCCCUCAUCUUUCUGAUACGAACAAGUUGUCCGAGUAGUAAGGAGCUCCAGUUUAUCUACCCUUUCCGACAGUCUGGAAAUCAGCGAUACACUCUUCCUAUCAACUAUCGCCCACCCUCUGCAUUGGGAGUGGCUAUUCACUCAUCCCCUCACGUCUACAAUGCUGAUCCAACCACUCUCACUCAAUCACCAUUCUCGGACGUGAAUGCCCAGUUGAAGCAGUGUCUACACAAGAGCAGCAGAUAUGAGUGUGAAUGCACAGAGAGCCAAUACACCACUUCUGAUAUCACUACUAGUGACUGUAUUGGAGCUGUGUACAGGCAGUUGUACGAGGUAGUGUUCCCAUUGAACUUUUCCCUGCUCUUGACAAUGGAUGGCCUAAGAGGGAACGCUUCAUUCAUUGAGCUGGAGGAGCUCAACCAACGCUCUGACUUUAUCCUCAUCACUAAUAAUAGCCAAGUGUCAGCCAUUCGCUUUAAGGGUCCUGGGCUGUUCCAUUUCAGAGCACUACUGGUCAACAUUACCUCAUUCUGUCAACUCUCAACCCAAUUCACUGUGUUUGUGGAGCGCGCCCCUCUACCUAAAGCUGUAGAGCUAACAGUCACCACCCUAACCACCAUUGUGUUUGGACUCCUCACAUUUAUUGGCUAUCUUAUUCAUUAUUAUCUACAAGAUAACAGAAAGUACAAGCAAAAGCACAAGCAAAUCACUACAACGGCACAGAACUGAAAACAGAACUGAUAGUGCAAAAAUCACUUAACGUGCACAUUAAUUUUAGGAAGUCUGUGAACUAGGAAAUGUUGUUCGAAUUUUAAUUAUACGGUACAAAAUAAA